GGAUGUACUGUGUGUCCCUGUCCAUCUGUGUGUCUCCUGUGUGUGCUGCUAUCACCCUUUCAUACAGAUUCUUUUAGCAGAACGUUUUCCCCACAACUUGUCUAAAAACACAGCGGGGCAAUGAGAACCAGUCUAAAAGAAAAGCAUCGGAUACAGAGAGCCAGCGCUGAGCUGAAGAUUCUCACCUGUUGACACCUCAUCAAUCUCCCAAGUCCUCCUGUCAGUAAGCCAUGUCAGAUGCUGAGGAGGAAUAUGGGGAGCAGGCAGAAGAAGUUGAGGAGGAGCAGGAGGCUGAGCCCGAAGAGGAUGAAGAGGAGGCUGAACAGGCUGAGGAUGAUGGAGGAGAACAGCAGGAGUACCAAGAAGAAGAGCGUCCCAAGCCUAAGCCACUUGUGCCCCAACUUGCUCCUCCAAAGAUUCCAGAGGGUGAAAGAGUGGACUUUGAUGACAUCCAUAGAAAGCGUAUGGAAAAGGACUUAUUGGAGCUGCACACCCUGAUUGAUGUUCACUUUGAGCAGAGGAAGAAGGAUGAGGAGGAACUUAUUGGUCUCAAAGAGCGCAUUGAGAACCGUCGAGCAGAGAGGGCCGAGAUCCAGAGGGUUAGAACGGAGAAGGAAAAGGACCGACAGCAUAGGAUUGCGGAGGAGCGUCACAGAAAAGAAGAAGAGGAGGCCAAAAAGAAGGCAGAUGAUGACGCCAAGAAGAAGAAGGUGCUGUCUGGCAUGGGAGCCAACUUUGGAGGCUUCCUGGCCAAGGCUGAGUCGAGGAAGAGCAAGCGCCUAACAGGCAGGGAGGUCAAAAGGAAGACACUGGCUGAUAGACGACAGGCUCUAGGCAUCGAAAAUAUGAAGGAGGAUGGUCUAAAGAAACGGGCCCAUGAGAUGUGGAACUGGAUCUACCAGCUGGAAUCCGAGAAGUUCGACUACAUUGAGCAAAUGAAGCUCCAGAAAUAUGAGAUUAUUGUGUUGCUGAACAGAAUCCAACAUGCUCAGAAAUUUAAAAAAAGCCAUGGCAAGGGGAAGGUGGGCGGUCGCUGGAAGUAAUGCCAGGAAAACAAAAUACAAAGAUGGAACCAAUGUAACAGAGAAAAUCGUAGCCAGAAGAGGGAUGUUAACUGUCUAAAAUAAAACUACAUACACUAAGCUUGAA